GUUUCUUCUAAUCCAUGUAAAAUGAAAGAGGAAGAAAAAAACUAAAUAUUAAAAGGACUAAAACUUAAAAUAGCAGAUAAUAGAGAAUACAAUGACUUCGAAUCAACAAGAAAAAGUUUUGGAAGAAUUCAGAAGAGAAUGGCGUGAAGAAGUAAAAGAAAAACAUAAACAUGAUAGUAAGUCUUUUAUGACAACAAAAGAUAAUAAGGAGCCACUGCAUAAACCAAGAGAAGAAGAAUCAAUGGUUAAUUUGAAUGAAAAAACUGAAUCGUUAACGAUUCAAACAAAAGAAGAAAAUAAUAAACCAGUUACAGCUAUGGAUCAUUAUAUAAUUGCAAUUGAUAAUGAAAGACAAGGAAAGAUAGGGAAAGCAUUGGAAAGUUAUCGUCGAGCAUUUAAAUUAGACGCCAAUAUUGACUUUGUAUAUAAAAACCAUUACCAAACAACUAUUUUACCAAAGAUUCAAGCAGAACAAGAUCGACCUCAGAAGAUAACAGAUGAAUUUAAGCAUAUUGUACCUAUUGGUAAAGAAUUUACAGCCCCUUCAGCUACUAGAAGAGACCCUUUACAAGACUUAAUUGAACAGUUUUUAAACGAAGAGAAUGGAAGCUUAGAUUAUAUACCAAAUUUAGAUUACAAGCCUGUAUUGAUAGCCAAAUUACCAAGUGAAAUUAUGUUGAAUAUAGUGCGUAUAUUGGUGUUGCAUUCAGUUUCAACUAUUCCCUAUUUUGCACUUGUUUGUAAAAAAUUCUUUUUAUACAGUAGAGAUCCUUCAGUAUGGCAAUAUGCCUGUAUACGAUCCUUUAGAAAACCUACUAUGACAUUGGAACAAUCACGACAAUACCAAAUGGAAUAUGUCAAGAACUACAACGGUCAUUGGCUACGUAUGUUCAUUGAUCGUCCACGUAUUCGAUAUGAUGGAGUCUAUAUUUCUACAUGUCAUUAUAUUCGACCUGGUAUAUCAGAAACAUCUUGGAAUCAACCUAUUCAUUUUGUUACUUAUUAUCGCUAUAUUCGUUUCUUUCCUAAUGGUAGAGUGCUAAAGCAUGUAACAACGACUGAACCUGCUCAUGUCGUUCGAUUAUUACAAUCUGAAUAUAAUAAGAAGCAAUGUUUUCAUGGUAAAUUUAAGGUAGAUGAUGAGGGUCGUAUCUCGAUUGUUAUGAAAGAUUCUACUUUACCGAGAGAAACAUUUUACUUGACAUUAAAUAUCAAGACGACACACCGAGGAAGACAUAAUAAAUUAGUUUGGAAUGAAUACUACAGUACCUCGGACAGUUUAGAAGGAAGAGGAGACCAUCAUUAUGAUUUAAAAUUAUUGAAAUCUUAUUUCUUCAGUCCAGUCAGAAGUUAUAAAGUACAAUAUCCAAGUGAAUUUGAUAGUAGUAGUCCUUUUAAUUUAGAAGAUGAUCAUGAUGACUUGAUGAUCUUUUAAAAGACAUGUAUAGAGAGAGAGAGAGAGAGAGAAGCGGAGUUUAAUUUAAAACAUAUAAAAAGUUUAUAUUUCCC